AUGGGCUUUUCAUUCCUCGCCUUUGCAGCGCUGCUAUCUGCGAUAGUGGCCCAGGACACUACUACCACUGUGACAGAUUUUACCAGUGCUGAAAGCACCACUCCCACCAGCACAAGUUCGCAACCCAUCACGGUAACGGUGGCUGUCGGGGAUGGGGGCAAUACGUUCGUCCCAGAUGUGGUGCAGCUUUCGCCUGGAAACUAUGUUGAAUUCGACUUUUAUCCCUUGAAUCACUCGGUCAUCCGGGCAGCAUACGGGUACGCGUGCGUACCUUAUGAGUUGACUGGUCCCGAUAGAAUCGGAUUCUUCUCUGGAUUUUACCCCGUCGACGCCAUCCUCAGCGACCCGCCCAAGUGGACGCUUCUGAUCAACGACACCCAACCGGUCUUCUACUACUGCGGUGCCCCGGGCUCGUGCAUUAAUUAUCAGAUGGUGGGAGUCAUCAACCCCAACGCCACCCAAUCCAUCCAGGUCCAGAAACAAUAUGCCGCGAAUUCGUCGUUUAUGUUGGAGCCCGGGCAGAGCUGGCCCGCCGAGGAAGAUCCAUUCGCGACUACUUCUACAUCCACGUCCACGGCCACUGCGACGUACACCACAACGUUCACGACUUCGACUUUGUCUCCGACGCCGACGCCGACGACAUCAGCCACUCCGACCGCCGUGGCGAGCGGAUCGGGCCACUCGACGCUGUCGUCAGGGGCUAUUGCAGGAAUCGCAAUCGGAGGAGCCGCCGUCGUCAUCGCCGCCGCCGUCUUGCUCUUCUUCUGUGGACGUGGGUCCAGACACAAAGAUGGCGGUAACCCACCGACACCGUCGACCCCAGCAGCGAUGGUGGGACCCCUGACCAGUCAGCCGCCGGCGUACAUUCCAACCACGAACUACGGCUACACAUCGCCCACACAAAAGCACAUGUCUGUGACCACGAUGCCGUCGACCGACGCCUUCGGCAACGCUAUCCCGAUCCCGAACGGCGGCGGCGGCAUGUUCCCUCAUCCUCAUGCACACCCACAGGCCUUCCCGCAAGGCUAUCCCGCGCACCAGCACCAGCAGAUGCCGCCACCGCAAUGGCCACCGUCCCCGUCCAACGACAUCUUCGGCGGUGCUGGGGCCCCUCCUGCUCCGGGCUUGUACCAAUCCCACGACGCCCAAGCAGCAGCUGAACCACCACCACCAGGAGCGGCGCCAGGAAGCGGCGUUGGCACAGAGGACGCCUCAAUGCGCGCAAGCAGCCCGAACUCCAUGGCCGGACCAGGACGACCCACGGCCCCGCCGUCGACCCCCGCGGCCGGAGGAGGCAUUGAAGCGUUCCUGCAGCGCCAGUCGCGCAUGAGUCCCCCACCAGAGACCGAAGUGCCAGCCCAGCAGCAGCAGCAGGAGCAGCAGCCUCUGAUGCUGACGUCCCACGGUCCAUACGAAAUGUCCGCCACGGGGACUAUGCAUAGAUUCUCAUGA